AAUCACGUGAUUGCGUGGCCACGGUGAACUAGGAAGUGAUUUCAUGCAAGUGUUUUGGAAGAGUUCUGUAGCUAGGAAAGAUAGUUUUAAGUAACAUCGUGCACUACUGUUUCCUUAAAACUUCUCAUCACUGCUUGUCUACUACUGAUACCCCUUGUGCCUAUUUUACUCUCUACGUAAAUCCAACAUGUCCGUGACACUGAUUGUGGUUAGCUAGCGUUUCAGCUAGCCCACGCAAGCUUAGCUAGCUAACGUUGGCUAAAGUUUGCUGUCGUGCUGUCUCAGCUGACUGACAGCCAGCAUGUCCGCCUCCUGAGAAUCCCACACAAUGAUGCCGUUAAAUCUGGAAGAAUCAGGUCAUGGAGAACACAUUAAGCUUGGCAAAGGGUCUUCCGGACCCUCUUCUGCCGGCCAAUUCAAGGUCACCACGACACAACUCUAUCUCAAGUGCAGAAGGAAAGGCUGUGGGGUUUGUGUUGGUGCACGCAGGGGCAGGGUAUCAUUCAGAGUCAAAAGCCAAGGAAUAUAAGCAUGUGUGCAAGAGGGCAUGCCAGAAAGCGGUGGACAGACUGAAGGCUGGAGCACUGGCAGUGGAGGCAGUGACUGCAGCUCUCAUUGAACUUGAGGACUCCCCUUUCACUAAUGCAGGAAUGGGCUCCAAUCUAAACCUCCUCGGAGAGAUCGAGUGUGACGCCAGCAUCAUGGAUGGCAAGACUUUGCAUUACGGAGCUGUAGGAGCCUUAAGUGGGAUCAAGAACCCAGUGCUGGUGGCGAGGAGGCUGCUGAGUGAAGCACAGAAGGGCAAGCUGUCGGCUGGCAGGAUCCCCCCCUGCUUUUUAGUGGGGAAAGGAGCGCAGCAGUGGGCGGUGAGUCAUGGCAUCCCUCCGUGCCUCUCGGAGAAGAUGGCCACCAAGUUCAGUAUGUCUGCCUACAGAAGAAACAAGAGGAAGAUGGAGUUGGCGGAGAAGGUGGAGACGGAGCGCUGUCAAUUAAAAAGAGGGCGACAGUCAAACGACAGUGACCUGGAGUCCUUGGGCAAGGUCAAAGCUAUUAUGGCGGAUGGAGAGGAGAACGACUCUGCAUGUCUCGACACCGUCGGCGUUAUCGUCGUGGACCAGGAGGGCAAUGUGGCGGCAGCAGUGUCCAGCGGUGGUCUAGCGAUGAAGCACCCUGGACGAGUAGGACAGGCAGCUCUCUUUGGCUGUGGAUGCUGGGCUCAGAAUUCUUGCAAUGCAAAUCCUUACUCAACAGCUGUGAGUACCUCAGGCUGUGGGGAGCACCUGAUGCGCACCAUGCUGGCCAGGGAGUGCUCGUCGGCCCUGCAGUCGGAGGACGCUCACCAGGCCCUUCUGGAGGCUAUGCAGAACAAGUUCAUCAGUUCACCCUUCCUGGCCAGUGAGGACUGUGUGUUGGGUGGCGUCAUCGUGCUGCGAUGCUGCCGGUGUGCCGAGACUUCGUCGGACAUCCAAGCUCUGCUGGUGGAGUUCUUGUGGAGUCAUACUACAGAGAGCAUGUGUGUCGGCUACAUGUCGGCACAGGAUACCAAAGCCAAGACUCACAUCUCUAGGUUGCCCCCUGGAGCAGUCGCCGGACAGUCUUUGGCCAUCGAGGGUGGAGUGUGUCGCCUCGGCAGCACAAGUGACUAACACACACACACACACACACAGACUAGGCCCAGAGGGAGCUGCUCAAGAGAGUCAGAUAUAAGUCCAUAAAAACAACCAAGACCACCCACACAUUUCUCUCUCUCACUCACACACACGUGCACAUAUGCACAGACACACACACACUCACACUCACACACACACACACACACACAAAACACAGACCCAAAACAAUAGUGCUUCCUUAGCGAUAUGCUACUGGGCUUGUCCCUUAACUUGCCCGGGCCAGUAGUACUAAUAAGCUGUGGCUGCCGAGCACUCUGUCUGACGGACAGGCAGGCAGACAGACGGGUGUGGACAGAUAUGAGCCGUGGCACACACACACACACACACACACACACACACACACACACACACACACACACACACACACACACACUGGCAUUUCUCUGGCGCGACCGCCAGCUUCCAGCCUCCAGCUGUCCUGAAUGGCUCUCGUCUCCACAGCCUGAUGUCUUACCUGCCCUCAGCGUGUCACGGCUUCCAUUUCAAAUCUUCCAGUUGCAACAUGCACCAUUCUUGUCGUUGUAUAUAUAAGCUGGGGUGGAUGGAAACAGGGUGAACAUCGACUUUUAUCUCAUUUCUUGAUUGUUUUUCUGUUUUGUUUUUGUUGUUUUUGUUUGUGUGUUUGUUUGUUUUACUACUAUUUCUUGAUAUUUUACUUUUUUGACAGUUUUGAGAGAGUGCAAAGCAAAGUUGUCCAGAAUAUGCGCAAUAUGUGCCACAUUUUAAGGAAUCGGAAAUGUCACAUGAACAGUGUGAGAAAUUGAUUUUUUGUUUUGAGUGUUUUUAUGACAUAAGAUGCACCGAAAGGACAUUUUGAUGAAGACUUUCACCAGUAAGUUGAGAUUUAGUUAAGACAUUCAUGGCAUUAGCAAGACAUAAGAAAUAUAUUUCAUUAUAGACAUACCUGAACACACCUCUUCAGGCACACUGACACGGAUUUGCACUCAUAGUUGUUGCUCUCCUCAGUCACGUUUGAAAUGCUAGUGACCGAGUUAGCCACAUGAGGAAUAAACGUAGGGAAAAAACAGUAGAUGCAUUGGAAAGAAUAUGCACUUUUUGACCUAUCUAAAGCUAUUAGAGAGCACUGCUCUGGUUCUCAUGCACGACUCCUAUUAAUAAGUACUGUAAGGUGUGCAAGGGUAUGGAGAGUAUCGCGUGGUGGUACUGUAAACAACUUAGGCGGCGACCUUUCCAAAUAUAUAGACUAUUUGAUCAAGACUGUUAGUUGCUCAUUAUAUAUAUAUUUGUACUUGCUUCCACAGAGGUGUGUAUUUUGUAGUGAAGAUAGGAAAUGGAAAAAAGCUACAGUGUAUUUAUUAGUGCCGCUUAUUCGGUUUAAUCAGGGAAGGUGAUUUGUGAAUAGGGGCAAGGCUCAAAUAGGGGCAAGGCUCGAUCAUUGCUGUCCUUCCUCCCAGGGUAGUUCACUUUGACACAGUUGAGGAAGGACUGCUAUAGUUCCUGUGUGUUGCAUCCCUCUUCAGACUCUCCAGCCGUACAAGGUGUUGAAUGGAUAACUGAUGGCAAUUUAAUGCUCCGAAUUGUAUGCCGCUCCAUGUGACAUUACUUGAAAAUUGCUUUUGGUAUGAAAUGUCUCCAAGACAUUCCUAUCAACAUUUUGUGCUAACCUCUUAACUGCAAUGCUCAAUAAAUAUCAAAUAUGUG